AGGAAGUUGAGAAGUAUGCACGUCGUAAAGAAUAUACACUCUUUCAUGCAUCAGUUCCUAAAAUCGGCUUAUACUCAACAGCAGAUACAAUAUUACCAAACGUUUGCAAACUAUUGAAAUCAUAUUUAACAGAAGAGACACGAAAAAUUCAAGAAGAUCAAAUAGUCCAAACCCUUCAUUAUCAUGCCAAUCAUGUUACUGAAAAUGAAAUGCAGAUUUUUAAUUUAAUCAACCUUAAUAAUUCUAAUCUAUUAAGCGGAAACUAUAUCACAAUUACUGCAAAGACUUUACUCGAUCUUAUUAAUUCUAAUAAUGUUUUAGAAAUGUGGACUAUACAGCAUGUCACAGAAAAAGAUACACGCCACUUUGUUAUUUUAUUGCAAAAUGUCGUGCUGAAAUUUGAAAAAGACUUAUCGGCUACUAUUUCGAUUAAUCAAGCCAGUAUCAAUACAAACAGCCUUAAUGCACUAAGUCAUGUUCAUUCAGAUGUAACCCAAGAUAUUAAACAAAAAAUAAUCAAAGAGCACCGAUUAUAUGGGGAAAUAUGGGGAAAGGCACGAGCAGCUACACUUCUAGCAGUUCGAAAUCAUGAUCGUAAUUUUAUUGAGAUUUUAAAUAAAUAUUUGAAGGGGCAUCAAACAGACCAACCAAAUGAACAACCUGAUAAACAACCUAAUGGACAACCUGAUGUGGAAGAAAGUUGUAGUGAAUCGGAUAAAGAAAACAUUGAUCCUAAAGACUUGGUGAAUCCCCGUAAACGUAAAGCAAAAGGAAGGCCAAAAGGGACUGAUAGAAGACGGCGAGCAGAUGAACCACCAAAAAAAAAAGACAACAAUCGCGGUGUGGAAUUUGUAACAGCUUGGGUUAUAAUCGAAGAAGGUGUGGUGAAAACAAAGAUACCAACUAGUGUAAUACAUCUAUAA